CUAACAAAUCUGCCCGUGGGAGCCAAUAGCUCCGCAAACCAAGUCGCGGACAAGAUGUUGCACCUACUGGCAGCGCUGUGCUUCGCUCUGCUCUGCGUUUGGUUGGCCAUUGGCCAAGCACGCUACUGGGCCUCGCGUGGGGUGGAGCACGUGACCUGCCUGCAAUUUAUCCGGAACACCGUCCGGAUGUACUAUACGCCACUUCACAUCAUUUGGCAAGAGGUAUACAAGCAACACGGACCUAUUACAGGUACAUUCACCAUGGCUACUCCAACACUCAUGGUCGCUGAUCCCGUCUUGCUGAAAGACAUCAUGGUCAAGAACUUCGGCUCAUUUCCGAAUACAGAGUUCAUCAGGCAGGUGGGUGACCCGGUGCUCGACAACAUGCUGGUGUCUCUAUUGAACAAGGAAUGGCAUGUGACUAGAAACAUCGUAUCGCCUAUUUUUAGUACAUCCAAGAUGAAGCAGAUGGUGGUCACUGUGAACGAGUGCGCAAAGGACAUGGUGCGGAAUUUUGCAGACGCCGCACGGGAAGGGAAACCAUAUGACGUCAAGUUGAUCUUUGGAGCGUUUGGUUUAGACGUCACAGCGCAGACAACAUUCAGCUUCCGCCUGGACUCCCACCGAGACGUACACAAUCCGUUCGUCUUGCAGGCCAAGCGCUUCUUCGCCGCAGAAUAUAACUGGAGAGCCUUUCUCAGCUUCCAGUUUCCACGCCUCAGUGCAUUGGCCGGAUUACGCAUAUUCUGUCCGGACGCUGUCGAGUACUUCAGUGGUGUCAUGACGGACCUUCUACGGCGAAGGGCCGCUAACGACAAGAACGACAAGCUGGACUUUGUGCGCCUUUUGAUGAAUGCGGAGUGCCAAAACGAAGAAGGGUCCCCGCAGAAAGACACCGGAAAACGUGUACUCACCAGAGAUCAAGUUCUGGCACAAGCUGUCCUUUUCUUCGUUGCUGGUUACGACACAACAACAAUCGCGAUGUCGAUGGCCGUCUACUACCUAGCAAGAAAUAAGGAGAUUCAGGCUCGCCUGAUAGACGAAAUCGAGGGUGUCCUUAAAAAACAAAAGGAAGUCACUUACGAGGUAGUCAUGGGACUUGAGUAUCUUGACGCCGUAAUUAUGGAGGUCCUCCGGAUGAAUCCAUCUGUGCACAUGACUUACAGGACGUGCGUACGUAGCACCAUGGUGGGAAAGAUUGCCAUUGAUGAAGGCACCCUCAUCAGAAUUCCAAUUUUUUCUAUUCAGCAUGACGAAAAAUAUUUUCCAGAUCCUGAGGUAUUCGACCCUGAGAGGUUCUUAGGCAAAAACAAAGAGCGGGUUGUGCCCUUCACCUUCCUGCCUUUUGGCGAAGGACCCCGACAGUGUGUCGGCAUGAAGUUCGCCUGCAUGAACAUCAAGCUUGGCCUUUUCCACGCCCUUUCAAGGUUCUCAUUCGAAACGUCCUCUGAGACACAGAUUCCCCCCAAGUACCAACCAAGCAUCCUGCUUCUCCUUCCCUAUGACGUGAAGCUCAGAGUUAUCGACAGAAAAAGCCAAUAGGAGCAGCGCCUUGGGGAUCCAGAGAAGAACCAGUAGUGAUCAAUGACGGCCCAGAAGAAAAGGUUGCAUGUGUGACAGAAA